UUUUCCCCCAAACCCUUCCUUUUCCCGAUCUUCAGUCUUCUUCCGAUAACGAAUCUCGCCCGGCGCCGGCUAGUACCUUGGUGCCUGCGCUGACCGUCGACGCCGCACAAUCGUCCACCUUCUGCCGUGAACCGUCGUCCACUGUCCAGCCUUCAGAUCACAUGGAGAAGAACAAUGAGACGAGGAACCAGGAAGACUCUAGCAGGCGGGAGGAUAGGAAUAAAAGUAAGAGAAGAGAAGAUGAGGAUAUUAGAGGUCGAGAAAGAGAACGAUCAAAGAAUGUCGAUGCUUCUAAAGAAAGAGAGAAAGAAGAUCCAAGCGAACAUGAAAGAAAAAGGUCCAAAGAUAAAAGGAGGGAGAAAGAUCAUGACAAAUAUAGAGAUAAAGAAUACGAGAAAAGUAAGGGUCACAAAGAUGGAGGAAGAGAAAGGGACCUUGAGAAAGAAGGAGAUGAAGAGAUUGAGAAUGAAAGAGGGAGGGACAAAGAUAGGGGAAAAGAAAAAAGUAGAGACAAAGACAGAGAAAGAGAAAGAGAGAAAGAACGAGAUAGGGGAAGAGAUAGAGGUUAUGAAAAGGAUAGACAUAAGCAUAAACACCGCGAUACUGAAAGGGAAAAUGACAAGGAUAAAUAUAGAGAUGCAUCUACAAAGGAUAAAAGUAGGGAAAAGGAGAGAGGGGCAGAUGAAGAUAAAGAGAGGUCCAGAGAAAGAGAAAAGGGUAGUCAAAAACUGAGGGAUGAAGGUCAUGACGUCGAAAUGAAGUCUGAGAGGGAAGACGUCUUAAAAUUGCAAGGUGAAGCUAGUAAUAUUUCCAAAAAUGAUGAGGAUUUCGUUGUGUCUGGCAAACAAGAAAAAGUAAAACACAACUUAGAUGGAGCACAAUCAUCACUGGAACAACGCAUUUCUAAGAUGAAGGAAGAAAGACUGAAGUCGGAAGGCACUUCUGAAAUUUUAUCAUGGGUUAACAGGAGCCGAAAGAUUCCAGUGAAAAGGAAUUCUGAGAAGGAGAAAGCUUUGAUGUUUUCAAGGAAUUUUGAGGAGCAGGAUGAUCUCAAUCAAAGGGAGAACGAGGAUGGCAUUUCUUCUCAGCGUUCUAAUCAUGAUCUUGGUGGUGUUAAAGUCCUUCAUGGGAUUGAAAAAGUAAUUCAGGGUGGUGCGGUUGUUUUAACACUCAAAGAUCAGAGCAUACUUGCUGAUGGUGAUAUUAAUGAAGAGUUGGACAUGCUUGAAAAUGUAGAAAUAGGAGAACAGAAGAGAAGAGAUGAUGCAUAUAAAGCUGCAAAAAAGAAAACGGGGACAUUUGAGGACAAGUUCAACGACGAUCCUGGUGCUGAGAGAAAAAUGCUUCCACAAUAUGAUGAUUCAAUAGCAGAUGAGGGGGUGACUCUUGAUGCUAGUGGGCACUUUACUGGUGAUGCAGCAAAGAAACUUGAAGAGCUUCGAAAAAGAAUUCAAGGAGCAUCAUCUAUGACCCAUAAUUAUGAAGAUCUUAACUCAUCAGGAAAGCUUUCAUCAGAUUACUAUACUACAGAUGAAAUGCUUCAGUUUAGAAAACCAAAGAAAAAGAAAUCAAUAAGGAAAAAGGAAAAACUUGACAUAGAGGCUCUUGAAGCAGAAGCUGUCUCUACUGGAUUGGGUUCUGGAGAUCUUGGUUCACGUAACGAUGUGAAAAGAAAGGCUGUCAAAGAGGAACGAGAACGAUCCGAGGCUGAGAUGAAGAGUAAUGCAUAUAAAACUGCUUAUGCUAAAGCUGAUGAGGCAUCUAAGGCGCUAAGGAUGGAGCAGACUCUUACCAUUAAGACAGAGGAUGAUGAUGAGCCACUAUUUGGUGAUGAUGAUGAAGAUCUUCGUAGAUCAUUGGAAAGAGCCAGAAAGUUAGCUCUUAAAAAACAAGAUGAGACAGUUGUAUCUGGUCCUCAGGCCAUUGCUGCUUCCCUUGCCUCAUCUGCUGCCCAAAUAUCAAAUGCAGAUGACCUGAACCCUGCAUCAGGAGAACCAGAAGAAAACAAGGUUGUCUUUACAGAGAUGGAAGAGUUUGUUUGGGGACUUCAGCUUGAUGAAGAAUCCCAUAAUACAGAUGGUGGUGAUGUGUUCAUGGAAGAAGAUGAGAUCCCCAGAUCCACUGAUGUGGAAAUGGAUGACAAGAAAAACAGUACGACAGAAUUAAAAAAUGGAAAUAAAGACGAACCUGUUAGUGAGGAUAAGCAGGAAAUAUCACCGGAUGAUACCCUACAUGAAACUGCAGUUGGAAAAGGAUUAUCAGGUGCUCUCAAGCUGUUGAAAGAUCGUGGAACACUUAAGGAAACUAUUGAGUGGGGUGGAAGAAACAUGGACAAGAAGAAGAGCAAGCUUGUUGGAAUCUAUGAUGCAAAUGCACAAAAAGAGAUACGAAUAGAAAGGACUGACGAAUAUGGUCGAAUUUUGACCCCGAAAGAAGCUUUUCGUCAACUUUCACACAAAUUCCAUGGCAAGGGUCCUGGGAAAAUGAAGAUAGAAAAGCGGCAGAGGGAAUACCAAGAAGAACUGAAAAGGAAGAAAAUGAAGAACGAUGAUACGCCUUCACUUUCUGUAGAGAGGAUGAGGGAAGCACAAUCUCGAUUAAAGACGCCAUAUCUUGUCCUCAGUGGAAACGUUAAGCCAGGGCAAACCAGCGAUCCUCAAAGUGGGUUUGCUACAGUUGAAAAGAACCUUCAAGGGAGCCUGACCCCCAUGCUCGGAGAUCGGAAGGUUGAACACUUCCUUGGAAUACGCAAGGCAGAUGUUGGUGAUAUGGGUCCUCCAAAGAAUCCAAGGACAUAAAAUCUUAGUAUUUCAGUAAAUCUUGUUUUCCGAUUCUCUUUAACUGUUGCAGAAGGCUGAACUGGUGGAUAUGUGUAUUGUUUUUUUUGUUACUUGUGAUAAUGUUACAUUUGGGAUAAAGGAUAUGAUAUGAAGUUUCAGGAUUUUUGUUUUA